AUGCCGUAUUCUCCUCCUUCUCGACGGAAUAGGGGACAGCUUAGCACAUCGCGAUCGUCCAAGGUGAACCACACUCCAAGGGAAGAAGCUAGGCCAGCAAGUAGUCCGCUACGGUCUUACGCCAAAGGGAAAAACUCACUUUGGCUUCUCAACUCGGACACGUACAGUUCUGUGACGAUGAAGAUGCUGAUCGAGAAACAAGCGGCGGCGGCGGCUUCCCGCCUCAACAGUCCCUCGCGCCUCGAGGCCUUUGCUGCGGACUCGCCCCCGCAUCGUCGCCGCCCGCGUACCCCCACAAAAGUGGGCAGCGGCGGCGGCGGCGGUGGCCGCGGCGGUCGGAGUGACAGGAGUGAUGAUCGGGGUAGGGCCCCGUCCCCUUCUCCCCGACAUACAUCUCCCGGAGGCGGGAUCGCGCUCUCCGAGUUAGUUUCAGCAACAACCCCUCCGAGAAGACGGUCUUCGGCGAUAAAGUUUGAUGCCAGUGGUGGGAAUGAGGGUGCGGAACUCCGUCGGUCCUUGGCUCAGGAAACCUACACCAAAACGUUCACUGGGAUGCAGGCGUAUGGUGAAAGCGGGAUGACGGUCUUGGAGGAGCUCAUCGAUGCUGCGUUUCGCGCAUGCGACAUUGGACAUGCUCAGGGACAGCAAAGAGUCACGGGCGCGGCUUUGCUAACACGAUCUGGGAAGAUCUUCGCCGGAUGCAACGUAGAGUCCUCAUCGGUGGACCUCAGCGUCGGGGCAGAGCGCACAACCGUGCUCAAGGCGGUCAGCGAGGGCGAGACUCGGUUCCGAUCGAUGGCCAUGGCGAGCGACACGGACCUGGGCUUUCCGUCCCCAGACGGGCCCGGGCGGCAGUUCCUUGCAGAGUUCGGCGAGUUCCCCGUGUACCUCGUCAACCGCGACAUGCAGGUGAAAAUCGCGUCAACGGGCGAGCUUUAUCCCAUGAUGCCUCCCGGCCCUGUCGACGGGAAAAGGAGGGGCUUGGGGCCAGGCGAGGGGCGGGACGAGGCAAUCGUGGCGGCAAGUCGAGAGAGAGAAAAGCGUCCAGCGCGGGAGUGGGGCGUUCAAGAGGUGCUAGACUGGCUGGAAGAUGAGCUGGAGCUGGGAGAGUACCGGAGGGAGUUUGCAAGGGCAAAGGUGGAUGGGGCCCUUCUUCUCAACCUCGAGGACAAAGACCUGCAUGACAUGUUAGGCAUUGAACAUCCGCUACAUCGCAGAAGAGUGUGCCUCGGGAUACAGAAAAUCAAGGACAAGGAGGAACAGGAGCAGAUGGGCAAGAACUACGCCGACAUGGACGACUACGUGAAGCGCUUAGACAGAGAUCGCGUCCGCCUCGUGACCAAGCUCAAGGUGGUCUUCGACCGCUUCGACAAGAGCGGAGGGGGUACCAUAUCGACCGCCAACGCGCGCGAUGCGCUGCUGUACAUGGGUCGCGACGUCACCGGGGAGGCGUGCGCCUCGUGGCUGGCGGACAGGGAGAGAAAUCGGGGCGAUGGUGGGGGCCAGAGCGGCGACAUAUCAUUCGUAGACUUUUCUACCGCGUACUCUGCUCUUUUCGCCGAUGAGGACCCAGAUAUUGACUUAGGUGAAAGACGGGGACCCAGGGGCGGUCCCAAGGAGCAGGGCGUAUCGGUAACGGGGUCAGGUCAUGUCCGUCUUAGGCAGAAGUCGGCCCAAGGUCGCGGCGACGGGGCACACGGGUCGUGGGCGCCAGGAAGUUCCGAGGACGAGCAAGGGUUUCGGACUGGGAGCAGAAGGCAUUCACCCCAUCGAAAGACCCCCCGAGGAGGCGGUGGCGAGGACGCCAGCAACGACGGAGACGAUCACUACCGUGAGAAUGCUCAAGCUGAGGCCUUCGAAGCCCUCCGAUCGGUGAAAAAGCUGGCAGAGGUGAAGCGCGUGUUUGACCGGUUCGCCGUGGACGGCAUGCUGACCGCCUACGAGGCCCUGCAGGCGCUAACAGAGGCUGGGUGCACGGCACCCAGGACGCACGCUGGACGAUACCUGCGCUCUCGGCGCUUCUUCGGCUUGCGCAGAGAGGUGACGUUCUUCGAGUUUCUGCGAUCGAUGGCCGCGCUCGGAGUCCACGAUUCCGGGGCACACGUUGCCGGCUUUGCGCCAGCGAUGAUACCUCUGGGCGGCGGUGGCACUAACACCCCAUUCAGAGCCCGCCAUGGCAGUCGAGGACGGAGAGACGACGACGACGACGACGACGACGAGUACAUGAGCGUCACUGGUAAACGUGGAGGCGGCAGAAGUGGCAGCCGCAGGCGAACAAGGCGGCGAGGACGCUCCGGAGAAGGAAGAGCCUACGGCGACGACGACGAAGACCAAGAAGGUUCCACCAGCACGAGCGCUGACGACGAAGACGACCGACACCGGCGCAGCCCAGCCCCUCGGCGGGGAGUAUCGCCUAGAAGGAGCGUGGGGGCGGGGGGGAUCAGCCGCGGGCGAGGGCUCGGUAGCGGUAGCGGCGGCGGCUACGGCGAGACGAGACGCUCUAGGUCGGCGUCGAGAAAGUCACGGUACGGGCGGGAGGGUGGAAAAAGAUUGCCAUCCGACGAGAGCGACACCGGUGGUGACGGUGACCGAAGUGACGGCAGCGCGUUCGGAACCAGAGGUAGAGGUCGUCGCGGCAGUGUGCCGCAGGAGGAGCGUGAUGGUCGCGAGCGACAGCAAACCAGGAGCCGCGGAGGGGGUCGUGAAACCGAGGACGACGAUCACGACCGCACCCGCGACCGAGAUCGACACCGGGAUAAGCAUCGUGCCGGCGGUCGGCCUACAGACCGCGAUAGACCGAGGGAGAGAGAGAGCGGGCGGGGUAGCGGCAGCGACGGGGCAAGGGCGCCAAGUUCGGCCAGGUCUCAUCGCAAGGCGAGCUCGCCUAGCGGGGACGCGUCGAAUGAAGGGCGAAGUGGCCAAGAAGCACGAGGCGGGCCCGCUAGCAGCUUUACCCGUGGAGAUAGAGUCGAGGCGAGAUAUCGCGGUCGUGGUACAAAGUUCUACAAGGGCACCAUCUCCAGAGUCAACAGCAACGAUACCGUCGAUGUAGCAUACGAUGAUGGAGAGAAGGAGAUUAGCAUUGCGACAGAGCACGUUCGAUCUUUGGAGCCAGGGGCAAGUGGCGGUGGCAGUAGGACGAGAGGAAGCACCAUGGCUAGGGGAGACAGAGUAGAAGUGAGGUACCGCGGGAAGGGAACCAAGUUCUACAAGGGCAAGAUCUCACGCGUGAACUCCGACGGCACUAUGGACAUUUCGUAUGAUGAUGGUGAGAAAGAGAUUGGGAUUGCAGAAGAGCAUGUUCGAUCUUUGGAGCCACAAGCAAACGCAGGUGGUGGCGGGGGGAGGGGCCUCACAAUGGCCAGGGGAGACAGAGUCGAGGUGAGGUACCGCGGGAAGGGGACCAAGUUCUACAAGGGCAAGAUCUCACGCGUGAACUCCGACGGCACUAUGGACAUUUCGUAUGAUGAUGGUGAGAAAGAGAUUGGGAUUGCAGAAGAGCAUGUUCGAUCUUUGGAGCCACAAGCAAACGCAGGUGGUGGCGGGGGGAGGGGCCUCACAAUGGCCAGGGGAGACAGAGUCGAGGUGAGGUACCGUGGGAAGGGGACCAAGUUCUACAAGGGCAAGGUCUCGCGAGUAAACUCCGAUGACACCAUGGACAUAGCCUACGAUGAUGGUGAGAAGGAGAUUGGGAUUGCGGCGGAGCACGUUCGAUCCUUGGAGCAGUCAACCAGUGAAGGUGGCCGUGGUGGUAGUGGUAGAGGAAGGGCCCCGACGUUGGUGGAAGGAGACAAGGUCGAGGCCAACUUCCGAGGUCGAGGGAGGUUCUAUCCGGGACGAAUCGGCAGGGUCAACUUGGACGGGACCUUCAAUAUCGACUAUGACGACGGUGAGAAGGAACGCGGGGUCACAGACGAUCUGAUCCGGGCCAGCGAUCGAGGAAGCUCUCACCGCGAUGAGGGCCGAAGCGGGGGAAGCGUCAGGCUCGAGAGGGGAGACAGAGUCGAGGCGAGAUACCGUGGAAGGGGGACCAAGUUCUACAAGGGUAAGAUCUCGCGAGUCAAUUCCGACGGCACGUUCGAUAUUUCCUAUGGUGAUGGUGAGAAGGAGAUUGGGAUUGCGGCGGAGCACGUUCGAUCCUUGGAGUCGAAAAACAGCACAGGCGACAAUGACGUGAGAGGAAGCGGGAUGGCCAGGGGAGACAGGGUGGAAGCGAGGUACCGCGGGAAGGGGACCAAGUUCUAUAAGGGCAAGAUCUCGCGAGUCAAUUCCGACGCGACUUUCGACAUAGCCUACGAUGAUGGUGAGAAGGAGAUUGGGAUUGCGGUGGAGCACGUUCGAUCUUUGGACCGACCAACCAGUGCAGGUGGGGGUGGGGAGAGGCGGGGAAGGCUCGAGAGGGGAGACAGAGUCGAGGUGAGGUACCGCGGGAAGGGGACCAAGUUCUACAAGGGCAAGAUCUCGCGAGUCAAUUCCGAUGACACCAUGGAUAUAGCCUACGAUGAUGGUGAAAAGGAGAUUGGGAUUGCGGUGGAGCACGUUCGAUCUUUGGACCGGCCAACCAGUGCAGGUGGCCGUGGUAGGGCGGGGAGGAUGGCCAGGGGAGACAGGGUCGAGGCGAGGUACCGUGGAAGGGGUACGAAGUUCUACAAGGGCAAGAUCUCGAGAGUUAACUCCGACGCGACUUUCGACAUAGCCUACGAUGAUGGUGAGAAGGAGAUUGGGAUCGCGGCGGAGCAUGUUCGAUUUUUGGACCGGCCAACAAGUGCAGGUGGGGGUGGGGAGAGGCGGGGCAGGCUCGAGAGGGGAGACAGAGUCGAGGCGAGGUACCGCGGGAAGGGAACUAAGUUCUACAAGGGCAAGAUCUCGCGGGUCAAUUCCGAUGACACCAUGGAUAUAGCCUACGAUGAUGGUGAGAAAGAGGUUGGGAUUGCGGUGGAGCACGUGCGGUCGUUGGAGACGCAAACCAACACAAGCGAUAGUGACACGAACGGAAGCAGGAUGGCCAAGGGAGACAGGGUCGAGGUGAGGUACCGUGGGAAGGGGACCAAGUUCUACAAGGGAAAGAUCUCGCGAGUCAAUUCCGACGCGACUUUCGAUAUAUCGUAUGACGAUGGAAGGGCCCCGACGUUGGUGGAAGGAGACAAGGUCGAGGCCAACUUCCGAGGUCGAGGGAGAUUCUAUCCGGGACGAAUCGGCAGGGUCAACUUGGACGGGACCUUCAAUAUCGACUAUGACGACGGUGAGAAGGAACGCGGGGUCACAGACGAUCUGAUCCGGGCCAGCGAUCGAGGAAGCUCUCACCGCGACGAGGGCCGAAGCGUUGGAAGCGCCAGGCUCGAGAGGGGAGACAGAGUCGAGGCGAGGUACCGCGGGCGGGGCACCAAGUUCUACAAGGGCAAGAUCUCGCGGGUCAAUUCCGACGGCACGUUCGAUAUUUCCUAUGAUGAUGGCGAGAAGGAGAUGGAAAUUCCGGCGGAGCACGUGCGGUCUUUGGAGCCGCAACGAAACGCAGACGAAAAUGACCUGAGAGGAAGCGGAAUGGUCAGGGGAGACAGGGUGGAGGCGAGGUACCGCGGGCGAGGAACCAAAUUCUAUAAGGGCAAGAUCUCGCGAGUCAAUUCCGACGCGACUUUCGACAUAGCUUACGAUGAUGGCGAGAAGGAGAUUGGGAUCGCGGUGGAGCACGUUCGAUCUUUGGACCGGCCAGCCAGUGCAGAUGGACGUGGUCCGGGGAGGAGGGCUUCGACGUUGAUGAAAGGGGACAAGGUCGAGGCCAACUUCCGAGGUCGGGGGAGAUUCUAUCCGGGACGAAUCAGCAAGGUCAACUUGGAUGGGACCUUCAAUAUUGACUAUGACGACGGUGAGAAGGAACGCGGGGUCACAGAUGAUCUGAUCCGGGCCAGCGAUCGAGGAAGCUCUCACCGCGACGACGGUCGAAGCGAGCAAACCAGCAGGCUCGAGAGGGGAGACAGAGUCGAGGCGAGAUACCGCGGGCGGGGCACCAAGUUCUACAAGGGCAAGGUCUCGCGAGUAAACUCCGAUGACACCAUGGACAUAGCCUACGAUGAUGGCGAGAAGGAGAUUGGGAUUGCGGCGGAGCACGUGCGGUCCUUGGAGUCGGCACCCAGCCCAAGUGGCCGUGGUGGUAGUGGUAGAGGAAGGGCUCCGACGUUGGUGGAAGGAGACAAGGUCGAGGCCAACUUCCGAGGUCGAGGGAGGUUCUAUCCGGGACGAAUCGGCAGGGUCAACUUGGACGGGACCUUCAAUAUCGACUAUGACGACGGUGAGAAGGAACGCGGGGUCACAGACGAUCUGAUCCGGGCCAGCGAUCGAGGAAGCUCUCACCGCGAUGAGGGCCGAAGCGGGGGAAGCGUCAGGCUCGAGAGGGGAGACAGAGUCGAGGCGAGAUACCGUGGAAGGGGGACCAAGUUCUACAAGGGUAAGAUCUCGCGAGUCAAUUCCGACGGCACGUUCGAUAUUUCCUAUGAUGAUGGCGAGAAGGAGACGGAAAUUGCGGCGGAGCACGUGCGGUCUUUGAAGUCAGUUGAGGCCGCAACUGGUGAGAGAGGAAGCGGGAUGGCCAGGGGAGACAGGGUCGAGGCGAGGUACCGCGGGAAGGGAACCAAGUAUUACAAAGGCAAGAUCUCGAGAGUCAAUUCCGACGACACAUUCGACAUAGCCUAUGAUGAUGGUGAGAAGGAGAUUGGGAUCGCGGUUGAGCACGUUCGAUCUUUGGACCGACCAACCAGUGCAGGUGGCCCUGGUCGGGGGGAAAGGAUGACCAGGGGCGAUAGAGUCGAGGCGAGGUACCGUGGAAGGGGGACCAAGUUCUACAAGGGCAAGAUCUCGCGGGUCAAUUCCGAUGACACCAUGGAUAUAGCCUACGAUGAUGGUGAGAAGGAGAUUGGGAUUGCGGUGGAGCACGUGCGAUCGUUGGAGCCGCAAACCAACACAAGCGAUAGUGACACGAACAGAAGCAGGAUGGCCAAGGGAGACAGAGUCGAGGUGAGGUAUCGCGGGAAGGGGACCAAGUUCUACAAGGGCAAGAUCUCGCGAGUCAAUUCCGACGCGACUUUCGAUAUAUCGUAUGACGAUGGUGAGAAGGAGAUUGGGAUUGCGGCGGAGCACGUGCGGUCCUUGGAGUCGGCACCCAGCCCAAGUGGCCGUGGUGGUAGUGGUAGAGGAAGGGCUCCGACGUUGAUGGAAGGAGACAAGGUCGAGGCCAACUUCCGAGGUCGAGGGAGAUUCUAUCCGGGACGAAUCGGCAGGGUCAACUUGGACGGGACCUUCAAUAUCGACUAUGACGACGGUGAGAAGGAACGCGGGGUCACAGAUGAUCUGAUCCGGGCCAGCGAUCGAGGAAGCUCUCACCGCGACGAGGGCCGAAGCGGGGGAAGCGUCAGGCUCGAGAGGGGAGACAGAGUCGAGGCGAGAUACCGCGGGCGUGGCACCAAGUUCUACAAGGGCAAGAUCUCGCGGGUCAACUCCGAUGACACCAUGGACAUAGCGUACGAUGAUGGUGAGCAGGAGAUUGGGAUUGCGGCGGAGCACGUGCGGUCUUUGGAGCCACAACGAAACGCAGACGCAAGGCUCGCGUCUCGGAGCAGGAGCCCGACCACCCGUCAGGGGCGAGAUGACAAUGCAAGCGAGGACUUUGCCGAGGGUGAUAAAGUGGAGGGGCGUUUCCGCGGACGAUCACGCUGGUUCAGGGCAACGGUGGAAAGGAAGAACAGAGAUGGAACGUACUGGCUUGUUUAUGCCGAUGGGGACGAGGAACGAGCGGUGGAAAACAGCCUUAUUAGAAGACUUCGAGGCGAUGGCGGUGGUGGUGGUGGCAGUUCCGCAGUCGCAUCGCCAACAAGCCGCUUCAAAGCGAUGGCUGGUCGUGUCAGCGCGAGAAACACGAUAGACGAUGAGCAGGUGCCGUCUCGCCGAGGUAUACAAGGCAGAGAACCAAGCUCCAGCCGUCGUGAUAGCGGAAGAGGAUCGAGGUACGAUUCUGAAAACGGUGUCGACGAUGGUGACGGUCCGACGCUUCUCGAGGGUGACCUUGUAGAAGGCAACUUCCAAGGCCGGGGGCGGUUUUACUCUGGGCGAAUUAGUAGAAUCAAUCUCGACGGCACGUUCAACAUCGAUUACAAAGAUGGCGAGAAGGAGCGGGGGGUGAAGAGGGAAAUGAUUCGCUCCGUCGACAGCAUUCCUGCCGGGGCACGCCGAAGUCGAAGAGGCGGUAGCUACCAGUGA